AUGUUAAACAGAGAUAUCAAAAACAGUGAUUCAGUGGAUACUGUAGAGAAUCUUUUGGCCCUUGCUGUUGGACUGAACAAUUUUGCAGAGACGCUCAGAUACAUGGCAAAGUCUGGUAUUGUGGCCCCAACACUUGCAAAGCUUGGAUUGAAGGCUCCAUCGCCAUCAACAGGAACAACAGCGCCACUCGUAUAUACCUCUAAGGAUUCUAUGAAAUUUUACACACAAGCUGAACAAUUGUAUGACCAAUACUAUGCAUAUCUCAAUAACACUACCACAGUACCCAAAGAUGACAAGAGAAAAUUAUUGGAGCUUCAACUGUGGAGAGGAACACUUUACAAUAACGUAGGCUUGUAUUUCAUGGAGAACAGAAAAGAUUUUUUCACAGCCACCAAAUGGUUUGAAAGAAGUGCUACUGAAAGAGGAAAUCUUGUAAUGGCACUUGAAGAAUUGGAAAAGAAGUCACCAAUUGAGAAUUCGGCUACUACAAAAAAUAAUUUCGGAGAAUCAGUGAACCCAUUGAAUUCAAACGAUCAACGAAUUCACCACGCAAUUACAAGAAAUAACAUUGCCCAGUGCUACUCCAAUUCUAAGCAAAUAACUCUCGCAUUAGAGAGCUAUAAUUAUGCGCUGAAGGUUUUCGAAGAAAUGAAAGAGAAAAUGAAGGAAAAGAACAUGGAUACAAAAACUCCAGAAUCUAAAAACACGAUUGCCAAUAGAUUGCACGUUAUUGUACUUAACAACAUGGGUCUAAUGUAUCACGACAUGGGAAAGUACGACCAGUCGUUAAUAUACUUCACAGAAGCAUUUCACAUGUUUACUGGAGGCCCUGUUGUUGGAGAAAAAUUAGGAGAAGAAGGACUUGUGGUCAAUAAUGCGCACGGAACAUCAUUUUUUGGUGAAGAAUUAGGAGUGACCCUUAGCAACAUGGGAACAUGUUUGUUCAUGCUUGGAAGAUAUCGAGAAUCUGAACAAUUCUACUCACAGGCUACUCAACUAUUUGAUGCAAUUUACACAAACACUCCCAAUCACAAAAAUAUUGCGCAAGUCAGUCUUCAAUUAGCUCUCUGUUUGAAACAAAAGCACUCUGUCAAGGAAGGAGAAAAGCCCAAUAGAGACAUGUUGGCUGCAGCCACGUCUCUUGCAUUGGCCAAACAAGAUGCUUCCUAUUUCAUCAAGAUUGACGACUCUUCUUCAGAAGAAAAGAUUGCUGAUGAAAAAUUAGUUCGCUCUUUGCUGGAGAAGGCUCGAAAGAUUACUCUCACGCUCAACGAGGCCAAUGUAGAAGCGUCAGAAAGUGCCAAAAAAUCUUCAAUGUUCUCCAAGAUGUUUGGAAAGAAAAAGUGA